GUGCGUCUGUGAAUCGAGAGCGUGCCAUUGAGAUAAAACGAGGGGGUCUGCGUUUGUAAUGCGCGAGCGUGUGUGAUGAGGAGGUGGGGGGUGAGAGACCCCGUCGUGUUUUGACCCCCCAAACAACUCCAGAUCUCAAUCUCUCCCUCCAUCGGCUCUUUUCCAUUCCCACUCCCCUCUCUCGCGCGCGCAGGUUUAAAGCUCAAUCGCUCAUUUCUUGCUGACACAAUUCAACUCGUUGCAUCGGUCUAUGGACAUCGGCAACGAUCAAAAAAGGACGCCUCUCUCCUCGCUUGCCAUCUCGCCUGCACGCCGACCUCCGACACACAUUCAGUGGAUCACUGCGCUAUCGCGGCCGCAGCCCUUGCACGAUACUCGUGGCACGGCCUGAGAAAGAGCUUGGACAACCUGCAUUUCGCUUUCGUGUGGACAAGUGACAGAACGCCUGCGCCGAAGCGCCGGACUGUUGGAUCGGAGUGUCGUCUUCCUCGGUGUGGGACUGACUUCCGUGUCGCAUGGAUAAGAGGUAUGAGGAGCUGGUGCAGUACCCAGGGUCCGAGGGCAUGCCAGUGGGAGGAUAUGAAGAGGCCAUGAGGUCACUACCACCCCCACACUACAGCCACACCAUCCCUGACUCCCUCAAACACCACCGUGACCAGAUCUAUGGCCACCCUCUUUUCCCUUUGUUGGCAUUGGUGUUUGAAAAAUGUGAGCUGGCCACCUGUUCACCACGGGACUCCUCCUCACUCUCAGUGCCGCCCCAUCUCUCUGGCCUGGCCAAUCACAGCGACGUCUGCUCAUCAGAGUCCUUCAAUGAUGACAUCGCCGCUUUCGCCAAACAGUUGCUUUUUCAGAUUCGUUCAGAGAAGCCUAUUUUUUCAUCAAAUCCUGAACUGGAUAGCCUGAUGAUACAGGCCAUUCAGGUGUUGCGCUUCCACUUGCUGGAGCUGGAGAAGGUGCAUGAGCUCUGUGAUAACUUCUGCCAUCGUUACAUCACCUGUCUUAAGGGCAAGAUGCCCACUGAUUUGGUGCUAGAGGACCGUGAGGGUGGGUCCAAAUCUGACAUGGAGGAUUUUACUGGCUCGUGCACAAGCCUAUCAGAGCAGAAUCAGUCCUGGCUGAGAGACCCAGAUGACUGUGUGUCCACCCCCUCAGGUACUCCCAGCAUAUCCUGUGGCUUAGCCUCCCACAGCACUGAGAACUGCAGUGAUGCAGGUGAUGGAUUGGAUGGUGGUAUGGCCUCGCCCAGCACUGGAGAGGAGGAUGAACCGGACAGAGACCGGAGGAACAGCAACAAGAAGAGAGGCAUCUUCCCCAAAGUGGCCACCAACAUCAUGAGAGCAUGGCUCUUCCAGCAUCUAUCGCAUCCAUACCCAUCAGAGGAACAGAAGAAGCAGCUAGCACAAGACACUGGCCUCACCAUCCUCCAGGUCAACAACUGGUUUAUCAAUGCCAGACGCAGAAUUGUCCAGCCCAUGAUUGACCAGUCAAAUCGCUCAGGUCAAGGUACUCCAUACAGCCCAGAGGGGGCAGCACUAGGGGGAUACCGACUGGAUGACCAAGCUCAUCUGAGUCUUCGGGCUGCAGGUCUUCAGGGAAUGCCGUCUCUGCCUGCGGACUACCCCGGGGCUCUGCUCUCUCAGCCGGGCUACUCCCAUGCCGCUCCCUCGCUACACCCUUACCCCGGCCCCCACCCGGCCAUGCUGCUGCACCCUCCACCCCAUCCCACCCCCACCCCCCACACGGCCGAGCCUCUCAUAGGACAAAGCCUGGACAUUCACGCCCAUUAACCAAUCCAAAAGGAGCUGGGCGGAGGUGAAAGUGCUGUUCCCUUGUGUGUGGCGGACAUACACUGACAUCCUACAUUGACCUGUCCAGCACGCAAGCCCAGUGACUGACCCUCUCUCUGCAGCAGCACCAGUGAUGGUGUGGGUUUCCACGCCGCGUCUAAUGUACUUAUUCAACACAGAUGCUGCUGACUGCAUCAACAACACAGACACGUCUGCUGCCUAUGCUCUUAGCCACGGGAUUCUCACUGCAUUGUGCCCAUAGAACAGUAUCUCCACUGUGCCCCCUGACAGAAAGGGGCAUUCAUGCCCGUCUCAAUCUGCCCACUCUGUGGACCAGCAUCUGUCAGGUGUCUAUCAGUUUCCUGGUAGCCUCUUGCACUGCUAUUGAGACCUUCCCAUCACUCAGCACGGAGGAGAUGGCUCUCUCCCACCAGUGAGCUGUCAUCUAGCGUCAUCACACUGCUGCCAGCCCACAUCCUUACCUGCUGUAUUCUCGCUGCUGAACACCCUUUUAUAAACGUUGACUUGAAUUUUACUUGAGUUCAGACACACACACGCACACACACACACACACACACACACACACACACACACACACACACACACACACACAUACACACAAACACACUCACACACGCAUAUGUCUUCCUAUGGCCUUGAGGCUUGAUCCAAAGCCUCCGCAGUUCUGUAGUGCUUCCCCUGACACUUAGCGUUCUCUGUGGCCUCACCAUAAGGCCUUGCCCUCUGCCGUGUGAGUGAGUUAGCCAGCAUUGUAGCCUGAUGGACUGAUGGAUAGGGUGGACACACAAGAGACUGCUUGUCACUGUCCCCCCUCUAUUUGAAACAAAAAUGCUGUGCUCACCCCGUGUAGCCCUGAAACCAAUGUGAGGAUUUAUCCUGGCAACCUUCAAAGAUGGCACAGCAUUGUGGGUUGACAAGUAUGGAGCUCUCUACCGGGUCUAGGUCUUCCAACCUGAGGUUACAGUUUUUUUUCUGUCGUUUAUCUUACUUGUUGCUAUCACUAACAUCCAGAUUACCUUAUUUAAUUGAAUCUUUUAAAACUUCAAAUGUUGUUCUGUUUUGUUGAAUUUAUUUUUGUAUUUAUGUAUUGUAAUUAAUUAUAAAAACCUGGGGUACCACAUGUCAAGAUAUUGUCCUGAUUUUUUGGGAGUUGUUUGUGUUAUUUUCUAUAAAUGCUUACCUCUGUGACAUCCUGCUAAACACAAUGCAGGGUCCUCCAUGCCAUGUGCAUCUCCUAGUCUGUCUGUAUCGCUCUCUUUCAUGCUGUGUAAAAUAUACACACAUGAAGCAUUUAGCCACAUGUUCAACUGUGGAAUUGGCCAUCUGUAGAGCUUGUUUAAAAUGGGUGUAAGAUGUGCGUGUGUGUGUGCGUGUGUGUGUGUGAGAGAGAGCAAGGCGCUUUUGAACACUCCUGAAUGGUGGAGUUAUUCCCUUCCUGUUCCUCCUAUUUGGAGAGCCUCAUGUACUGAUGGUAAUUAUUAUGGUUAUUCUGGUGAUACUGAUGAUGAUAUUGAUGAUGUUAAUAAUUAUGAUAAUGAUGCUAACAAUUAUAAUUAUGAAAUGAAACCACUUUCUUAUGCAAA